AUGGGGUAUUUGGGACGAAUGACCCAGUGGAAGAGCAAGCUCUCCCUCCCAUCCAAUGCAUCCCCUCUCGAUCCCUCCAACAACAAAGACGCCCUUAAACUCGGCCUCUUUUCGUACCCGGUCCUACAAGCCGCCGACAUCCUCCUCUACAACACAACACACGUCCCAGUCGGUGAAGACCAAGCGCAGCAUCUCGAGUUCACGCGCGAGCUGGCCAGUGGCUUUAACCACGUCUACUCAGAGUCACAGCCUCUGUUGACGGUUCCACAAACACUUCUGAGUCCCGCGAAACGAGUCAUGAGUCUGACUGAACCAACAAAAAAGAUGAGCAAGAGCGACCCGAAACCGAAGAGUCGUAUCUUGAUAACAGACUCAAGAGAGGAGAUACAUGCCAAGUUGAAGACGGCAUUGACAGACUCUAUUGAGGGAGUGAGUUAUGACCGCGAGACCAGACCGGGUGUGACAAACCUAGUGGAUUUGAUGUUUCAUUUCGAUGAGUCUCUCGCUGCGUCGCCGGAAGAUCUAGCGAAUGACUUGAAGACUCUAAGCAUGCGGGCUCUGAAAGAGAAGGUCGCCGAUACCGUUGAUCUCGGCAUCAAGGAUACAAGAGAAUGUUAUCAAGAAUUGAUGAGCGGAGAUCAGAAGGUGCUCAUAGAGCAUGCAGAAGAAGGUGCACAGCGAGCAGAGAAAAUCGCCGAGAGCACCAUGGAGAAAGUCAGAAAUGCUAUGGGCAUUGGGUGGUGA